AUGCUGGCCACAACUCGGAUAUAUUUGAAUUCCCGCCGAUUUCUAGUUCAAUUAUCCGAUGUUUAUACGAAAAAAGUCAGCGAUGGCCAGCUGAAAGACGACAAUUUUCAGCGAAAAAUGAUUGUCGAUUUUGAGCGCCUUCAAAAAGAAGUCGAAACCUAUGAGCCUUCUUCAGCACCAAAAAUCGAGACGGCGACGAAGAAAUCGCGAUUUUUCCGCAUAUUCUCGAAUAAAAGCGGUGAUUCAGCGGAGGCGGAGAAAAUCGUAGCUCCACGUGGUAUUUAUCUCUACGGUUCGGUUGGAUGUGGCAAAACUAUGUUGAUGGAUUUAUUUUUCGAAAAUUGUCCGACGACCAAGAAAAAACGGGUGCAUUUCAAUGAUUUUAUGCAAAAUGUACAUAAAAGUGAGUGUAUUUUGAGGGAAAAUCAUAAUUUAUGAGCUGAGAUCGCCUAUUUUUAAAGACGCGAGAAAUUUAGAUCGUCAGGGUCUCACUGCGAUUUUGUUUUUCGUGUAGUUCUAGUCGACAAAAUAUCUAAUUUUGCAGGAAUGCAUGAAUUGAAAAUGAAAAGCAAUGAAUCGCGCGGGAAAUUCGACCCGGUUCCAGUGAUCGUUGAUGAAAUUAUGGAGACAACGAGUGUUUUGUGUUUUGACGAGUUUCAGGUGAUUUUUGGAGGAUGGGGAGCUGGAAAUCUGCUUUUUCUGGCUUAGAAAACCCGAAAAAAAUUCUUGCAGGUAACCGACAUUGCCGACGCAAUGAUUCUCAAACGAUUUUUCUCGAUGCUCUUCGAUCGCGGCUUAAUUAUGGUGGCCACAUCAAAUCGCGCUCCAUCGGAAUUGUACAAAAACGGACUGCAACGUCAUCAAUUUUUACCAUUCAUCGGGAUCUUGGAGGUUUGUUGAGGUUGCCUAGAAUUUCAAAAAUAAAGAGAAAAAUCCCAAUUUCAGGAAAAAUGUGCAUCGCUGUCUUUGGACAGUGGAAUGGAUUAUCGAAGAUCCGGAUCGGCUGAUGAUAAUCCGGUAUAUUUUGUUGGCGAAAAUGCCAACACACAGUGCGAUGUGGCUUUCAAACAAUUGGUGGCUAAUGAAACUGAUAGUGAGUAUGAUUUUUGGAUUACUAGGUCACCAUUAAUCUGAAAAAUCAGGUGAAAUCGGAAAUUCCCAACUUCAACCUCGAAAAACCUUCAACUUUCCAGCUGUUCGUUCAAAAACCCUCGAAAUUCUCGGCCGAAAAGUUGUGGUCGAAAAAUGUUGUGGCGGUGUAGCCGACAUUGAUUUCCGCGAAGUCUGUCAAACAGCAAAAGGUGCCGCGGAUUAUUUGGUUUUGGCACGAGUUUUUCACACAAUUAUUAUUAGAAAUGUGCCAAUUUUACAUCAGGAUCGAUGGAAUGAAAUGAGACGAUUUAUUACCUUGAUUGACACGUUUUAUGAUCAGAAAGUGAGUGGAAAUUGGGGAUAUUUUGGGUGUGAAAUCUGAAUAAAACUUCUGGAAAUCUCGAUUUUUAAACAGAAGUAAAGUUUUCUACGAAUUUUCUUUCAUGAUUUCAGCAAAAUUGAUCAAUUUUUUGCAGGCUCGUGUGAUUUUGGGAGCCGCUGCCGAGUUAGAUGGAUUGUUCCAAUUCGAUGGUCACAAUGUUAGUCCGGAUCAAUUAAAUGACUCAAAACGAAUGUUGAUGGAUGAUUUGGGAAUCAAAGCGGAUAAUGUGAGUUUUUUGGGCUGUGGGCUAGAAUUUUGGCACCAAAAUUGAAUCUAAAAAUUCAAAAUUUGAGAUUCAAAAGUUCAGGAUGAGAUGAAAGAUUCAAAAAAUAAUUUUUUGGAGCGAAAAAAUAAUUCAAACUUUUUUGUGGUAUUUAAAAUUUGAAAAUUUGAACUAAAAGUUCUGCAAAUCCACGUGUGAAUACAAUUUAUUAAAAAAUUGGAACCGAAACCCGAAUUUGAAUCAUUUGAAGAUUUCAAAGCUCGACCGUGGCCUAGACUCCCAAAUCUACCAACAACAAAAAACCCCCAUUUUUUACAGGAUGGCAUGAAAGCGAAUGUUUUCAGUGGAGAUGAAGAGGCUUUUGCUUAUAGUCGAACAGUUUCAAGGCUCUAUGAAAUGCGAACUGAAAAAUAUCGGGAAAAACGGAGGCCGACAAAUUCGCCGGCUGGAUCGAUUUAG